AUGGCACCAAUCGACGUUGAAAAGACGAUUGAAGAGCUGACUCUCGGCGAGAAGGUGGCUCUCACAGCUGGACGUGACUUCUGGCACACGGUAUCCGUUCCCCGUCUGAACAUUCCUUCACUGCGCAUGUCCGAUGGGCCCAAUGGUGUUCGUGGCACCCGCUUCUUCAACGGCAUUCCCGCCGCGUGUUUCCCCUGCGCGACCGCCCUGGGUGCCACUUGGGACACCGAGCUGCUGGCCCAGGUUGGCUCAUUGAUGGGCGAAGAGGCGAUUGCGAAGGGAACACAUGUCAUCUUGGGACCCACCAUCAAUAUCCAGCGUUCACCUCUUGGAGGACGUGGCUUCGAGUCUUUUUCGGAGGAUGGUGUGCUGUCUGGUACUUUGGCGGGACAUAUGGUUAAGGGCAUGCAAGAAAAGGGCGUUGCCGCGACGCUGAAGCACUUUGUCUGCAAUGACCAGGAGCACGAGCGUAUGGCUGUUAACAGUAUUGUGACGCAGCGUGCCCUACGUGAGAUUUAUCUGCUUCCCUUCCAGCUGGCUAUGCGCAUUUGCCAGUCGGCGUGUAUUAUGACUGCUUAUAAUAAGGUCAACGGCACGCAUGUCAGUGAGAAUAAGGCUAUUAUUGACGAUAUUCUCCGCAAGGAGUGGGGAUGGGAUGGUCUGAUCAUGAGUGACUGGUUCGGUACUUACACUACAUCGGAUGCCAUCCACGCCGGACUUGAUAUUGAGAUGCCUGGAAAGACCCGCUGGAGAGGUGAGGCUCUUGCUCACGCUGUUUCGUCGAACAAGAUUCCACAGUUCAAGCUCGACGAGCGUGUGCGCAAUGUGCUGAACUUGGUCAACCGGGUCGACCCUCUGGGUAUCCCUGAAGGAGCCGAGGAAAAGGCUCUCAACCGCCCUGAAGAUCAAGCUUUGAUGCGCCGAGCAGCCGCCGAGUCAGUUGUUCUCCUGAAGAAUGAGGGCGGUGCUCUUCCUCUGAAGAAGGAUGGCUCCGUCCUCGUUAUUGGACCGAACGCUAAGAUUGCCUCAUACUGUGGUGGUGGCUCCGCCUCUCUGGCUCCAUACUACACCGUCAGUCCGUUUGAUGGAGUCGCUGCGAAGAGCAAGGGUGAGGUUAAGUAUGUCCAGGGUGUCUACUCACACAAGGAGCUGCCUCUUUUGGGCCCUCUUAUGAAGACUGCCGAUGGAAAGACUGGUUUCUCCUUCAAGGUGUACAACGAGCCACCGAGUGCUGGUCAAGAUCGUACUGUCGUCGAUGAACUCCACCUCGUUAACUCUCUGGGCUUCCUGAUGGACUAUGUCAACCCCAAGAUCAAGUCCUUGACCUACUACGUUGACAUGGAAGGCUACUACACGCCCGACGAGGAUGGUCUGUAUGACUUUGGCGUGACUGUCGUCGGCACUGGCCGUCUUCUCGUGGAUGGCGAGGUGGUUGUCGACAACACCAAGAACCAGAAGCAGGGAUCUUCCUUCUUCGGCACUGCCACUAUCGAAGAGCUCGGCGUGAAGGAGCUGAAGGCUGGCCAGACCUACAAGAUUGUCUUCGAGUUCGGCACUGCUCCUACUUCAGAUCUUGAUACACGUGGCAUCGUCGCCUUCGGCCCAGGUGGCUUCCGAUUCGGCGCCACCCGCCGCGUCAGCCAGGACGAGCUCAUCUCGAAGGCCGUCGAGCAAGCCAAGCAGGCCGAGCAGGUCAUCAUCUUCGCUGGUCUGACUAGCGAGUGGGAGACCGAGGGCUACGACCGUGAUGAUAUGGAUCUGCCCCCAGGCAGUGACGACCUGAUCAGCCGCGUGCUCGCCGUGAACCCCAACGCCGUUGUCGUGAUCCAAUCUGGCACACCCGUCACCAUGCCCUGGGCCAACCAAGCCCGCGCCCUGGUGCAGGCCUGGUUCGGUGGCAACGAGUGCGGAAACGCUCCCCAUCACAUUCCCCCGCCGUCUGCAAGACAACCCUCCUACGUCAACUUCCGCUCCGAGCGUGGCCGCGUCCUCUACGGCGAGGACAUCUACGUCGGCUACCGUUUCUUCGAGAAGAGCGAUGUGGCACCUGCUUUCCCCUUCGGCCACGGUCUCUCAUACACGACCUUCACCCGAUCAGACCUGCAAAUCAGCACCGUGCCCGAGCAGGCCAAGUACGCCGACUCUGGAGAGCCUAUCACCACCACUGUGACCGUCACCAACACUGGCUCCAUUGCCGGCGCUGAGAUUGUGCAGCUCUGGGUUGUUCCUCCCAAGACGGAUGUUAACCGGGCCCUGCGUGAGCUGAAGGCUUUCAAGAAGGUCUUCCUGCAACCUGGCGAGUCUAAGACUGUCGAGCUUGUGGUCGAGAAGAAGAUUGCGACUAGCUGGUGGGAUGAGCAGCGGGAGCAGUGGAUUUCUGAGAAGGGCCGUUACCAGGUUUCUGUCACUGGUACUGGCUCGGAGGAGCUGCAGGGUGAGUUUGAGGUUGGUAAGACCAGAUUCUGGUUGGGACUGUAA